UUUUUUUUUAGCGCGUGGCUUGUUGUCGCUGUUUUCUCUCCGUGUUAUUUUUUUUCUCGCUUCAGGCUGCUUCCUGUGAGCGCGAGCGCGACUCUGCAGUCACCCGCACAUGUUCAUGAUGAGAGAGAGAGCCGCGCGCGCACCGGGGCCGCCAGUGCACACAGUGUUUCUCAGCUGUGCUGGUUACUGCAAUGAAUGGCAACACUAUCGAGGAGACCCCGAGCAGCAUAGCACCUCCUUGUGGCUGGAGGGAGUUUUGCGAGCUUCAUGCGAGUGCCACGGCGCGAGAGUUGGCGCAACGCUAUCUCUGUUUCGCCAGAACUCGACCACCGCACGAUGUUGUUUCUCCAGAGAAAUUCAGCAGGCACUUCAGCGCCAUCUUCCAGCACCACUUCCGGCGAGAGGUGGCCAAAGAAGAAGCCCCGCCCCCUCCCAUGACUGGCCGUGCAUGCACCUUUUCUGGAGUGCUCGAUUACCGGGAAGCGGGUCGACCAGUGGGUGGAGCCUCGUUUGUCAUUCUGCCUCCAAAGCUGGAGCGGGAGCAGCCGCUACAAAACUUCACUACACACAGACCAAUUGUCCACACCCAAGGGGUGGAGCUUGCUGAGAAUUACGCACCUUCACCCGCUUUGCCGCUCCCCUCACGUGUCAAUGUCAUUUCUCAGUUUAGAAGAAGCGUGCGCCGGUUGUGGAAGAAACGUCCGUCGCGUGACGACUCUGUCCAUGAGGGCUCCGGGGACGAGUCAGACAGAAGAAGCGGGGCUUCGGGGGCAGCGGAACACUCCUCAGCUACAGCGCCGUCCGGUGGCUUCCAGCUGUGGAACCCUCUGAGCCGUCUGAGGUCGCACAGCACAAAAUGGCGGCAGGAAACAGGAAACGUGUACAAGGAAGGACAGUUAAACUACCUGGAGGUAAAUGACACGAUUUCGGAUACGGCCCCACGCUGGAUGCGCUGCCGCCUGCUGGUCCGGAGGACAAACGACAGGUUCGACCUUGAGCUCUACAACCCGCCCAAGGGCUCCAGUCCAAAGCUGAAAGCAUGCUGCUCUGACAUAGUGGACAUCCGACGCUGUAAUCGACUAGAGAUGCCUGACAACAUCAACACAUUCGUAUUGAAGGUUAAUAAGUGUCUCAGCAGUUUUAUAUUUGAGGCUGAUGAUGAGCAGCAGCUGAAUUCCUGGACUUCAGAGCUCAGAGGCUGUAUCACCAGGGCGGACAUUGUGGAUGCAGAGCAGCUCUGUUUUUCUGUUGCUGAUCCUGUAGCAGCAGUGAGGAGGGGGAGCACAGAGUCCGGCAGCCCGGGCUCUCCGAGUUUCACACUGCCGGAGCAGGCGUACCACAAGACGGAUCACUUCCUGUCCUCCUACCCAUGGUUCCAUGGGCCAAUCUCCCGCGUCCGUGCCGCCUACCUGGUGCAGCACGCAGGGGUCAGAGGUCACGGCAACUUCCUGGUGAGACAGAGCGAGACACGGAGGGGAGACUAUGUCCUCACCUUCAACUACCAGGGAAGAGCCAAGCAUCUGCGUCUCUCUGUGACUGAAUGGGGUCAGUGUCGGGUCCAGCACCUGCGUUUCUCCUCCGUUGUUGAUAUGCUCUCUCAUUUCCGUGUCUGUCCGAUCCCACUCGAGUGUGGCUCAGCGUGUGAUGUCCUAUUGGCCAAUUAUGUGCUGGCCACGCCCACCACCUCAGCUAUGUGUUCCUCAGUGGGUUCUCCGGUCUUGGUUCCAUUCUCCCGCUGUAGCUCAGAGCCUAGCCUGGCUCACUGGGGCCUUGAAGCGUCUGCCCCCAUCGCCCCGCUACUCGGCGCGUCAUCUGGCCCCACCCUCCCUCCACACAACGCCCCGGGACCCACCUCUGACCCCGCCCACAUCCGGCGUAGCGAGUCUGUGGGCCGCAGGACUCUCCUCCGCCACCCGAACCCUCUCCCUCCGCUCCUGCACACCCGGGACUCGGAAUACGAGCUGGAGCCGCUGGACAGGGGGCGCAAGAGAGCCAUCGACAACCAGUACAUGUUCUUCUGAGCGAGAGAGACACGCAGCUUUCGGGAUGGAGACGUCCAGCAAGGGGCACCAGAGAAGUCUGAAUGUUGUGGCGCAAGCAGGUGAAGAUGAUGGAGAGGAACCUGGGCAGCAUCCCAAUCCUCUGAACGCACUUCUCCUAAUCCCUUUAUUCGUGGAUGUGUGUUGAAGCCAUUGACUAGCGAGGGGAAGACCGAUCUGCAGGAUACACUCCCAGAGUCCUUUGGAGUGUGGAUUCGUCUGACGAGUCGCCCGGAGGUGAAGUGACACAAGCUCACGACGCAGUGCACACUUCACACAAGUGUGUGUGUGUGUGUGUGUGUGUGUCAGUGCGGACAGAGUGGACACACACCUCACAACACUUUGCCUGACAAUCACGUCUACUUUGAAUGUACUUUACAGAUUUGUUUCACUCUUAAGCUUUAUGUCGCCUUUAGCAAAACAGUGUUUUGUGUGUGUGUGUGUGUGUGUGUGUGUGUGUGAGUGUGUGUGUUGGGAAGUUUCUAGAACAUUCUCUGCAAUACAUGCUGGUUCAUUCAGCUCUUUAUGGCACAGCACAAAGUGAAAAAUGGGUGAGUGAUAAGAGUGUGAGUGCAGCCCUACUGGGACGGCAUUAGUUUAUUCAAGUGCGUUUAUAUUCAUCCAGAUCGGAAGUGUGUGUGUGUGUGUGUGUGUGUGUGUGUGUGUGUGUCUUCUAAAAACUGAUGAGCUCAGGCUGAAUUCUAGAUGUCCUGUUUUGUUUUUUUUUAAUCAUUUCCCCCCAUUUUAAAUAAUUGUUUGAGCACUUCCUGUGUCCAGACAGUCUCAGCUUUCACUCGGGAUGAGCAACCAACACAGACGCAUCAGACGAGUCUAAAAACAUGAGCUAGCCUGGCUAAAUCAGACAAAUUCAAAUCACACAGAAGUUUAAAAAUCAGUUCUGAAGGAAAACAUGUCAGUUUGAGAAGACUGAGAGCAGCUACAGAGAAAUAAAUUCAGCUAAUCCUGACAGUUUAGCUAAUUUCACACUCAUUUAUAUGGCUAACUAUGUUGGCUGUAAUUGUUCAAGAAAGUUUGCUUGACAUAUAAUUGGUUAAAAACUGGAAAAUAGUGCCAGUGGAAAUAAAAGUCUAAUCCUCAGUGUGUUAGCUAGCACAGCGUGACUUCCAGGCUAACUAGCAUGUUUUUAUACAUUAGUUAUGAAAGAUAGAAGUGCUGUAAAGUCAUUGUUGUUGUUUUUUGUUUGUUUUAGAAAUAUUUGGCAUGUAUCUGUCAUAAACUGAGAAAUCGCACUCAUGUUAUCGUCCUCAAUCUGAGUCUCCUGCUCAAGGUGAGCUAGCAAAGCAUGCAGAUUGUGUUUGUGACAGACUAGCAUGCUAAAACAAAGCUGCCAGAACAAACUGGCUUGUCUAGAUCAUAAAGUGAAUUCAAAUCUGAAUUAAAUGUCAGUGUGAGUUAACUAUUAAACUCAGGGUGAUGUGUUAAGGCUAAUCCUUACACUGUCAGCUAGCAUAGACUAGAGUAACAAUGCUAACAAAGCUAGGUUAUCUUCACUCUAAAGGCUUGUUUACUAGCUAGCUAGCUAACUUAGAGCUACUGCAAGAAGAGAAUUCAGCUCAGGACAGGACUUCUUUUCAGCACAGCUCCUGUUGUUUCCUGUAGUCAAGCCUAUAAAAAGAUCAUGUUAGAAUAAUUUUUGGCUUAAAUAAAAAUGAUCACAAAAGAUGAUUUUAUUUUCACUGUUUGUUUAGGAAUAAUAACGCAGUAGGCAGGUGUCUCUGCUGUGGUAGCUCUUCCCGAGAGGAACGAUGGACGCUUGGAUUUCACAUAAAUAAAUUCCUGAUCCACGUGUGACGUAAACGUCCAGGCUGAACUGUCUCCCGUCUCGUUUUAGUUCCGUGUGGAUGAGAGAGUUUUAUCUCAGAUAUGUUUAAUCAGAGACGUCACUGUGAGACAGUAACACCGUCUCAGUAGGACUGAAGGCAGCAAUAAUUUAGCAAUAAUCAAUAUCAAUAAUCAAUCAAUCAUUUAGCAAUAAUAAGUCCCAAAGUGCCUCCAUUUUCCCCCAUCCCGGGGAAUCAGGGAGGAGUAGUGAAAGAGUCUUGUUUAUGAAACGAACUAAAUGAUCCUUACGCCAACAUGCCGUAUUUUCUAGACUGCAGGAAGGUGUGUUACAGAUCACCACGUGCGACAUUUUGUACAACAAAGCGGCAAUGCGUUAAACCUGGACAAUAUGAAUUUUUAACGUGGUUUAACACGUCGAUGAGGCUACCGCUGUUUGCGCCUUCUCCUUCGCAAGAUGAACAACAAAGUCGCCUCUUCUAAUGUCGCCAUGUUGACUGUUGACACGCAAAAAGUAGUCAAGGAAGAUAUUCCAGUUGUUUCGGCGCUACCCUGCCCCCUAGUGGAUGUCGCUUUUAAUCCUCUGGAUACACUCACGUACGCGUAGUUAAACUGACGUAUACAUACAGGAAGUGAAAUCUGAUCAAUUAAACCCGAAACUUUUUGGACAUUUUACUUUUUAGACCAAAAAACAAACUUGUGUUGGAUUAUGAAAUACAUUCUUUUCUCCACCAGCAAGUGCCGUCUGCAUAUGUUUUAAUUUUUCUGUAAUUUGUUAGAUUUUUUACAUUUGGGGUGCAACUCCAGCAGUUAUUUUAAUUUUAGUUAUCUAAUCUAAAGAAAUUAAGGUCAUUUAGCUUGAGAAACAAUACAGCGCCGAACGACGGCAACAGGAACGGGACAAAACCUAAACUUGCCUGCACCAGUAGGGGGCAGUGUACAGGUGGUUUUAAUGGAAAUGAACUCUGUCUGCCAAGAAACAGUGUGUAAUCUGAUUGCUGAACUUGUAGUCUGGAAAAUACGGUAAUCAUCGAUGGAAUUAAACGUAUAAAAUGCCAAAACGUCUACGCAGUGUGGACAUCACGCGUGCCUUAACCACUCCCGCCAAAAUUCAGCCAAAGAUGUUUCAAAAUAUCUGCAACGUACGCAAUAAUUCUACCUUUAUUAAAAACAGGACGUCUGGGUGUUUUAGGUGUUUUUAUUUCAAACCAAACGCUGUUGCUUUCCACUGACAAACACACACACACACACACACACAAUAUAGAACAAAGAGCUGUUAGCUAAGCUACUAUUUACAACUGCAUCUAUUAGCGUUACUAGCCGCUCCAUCUCUCCAUCCGUGUCGAUUAGCGAAGCCUGAUCUCUGACCGAACAGUCGCGUGUCAGAUCUAGCAGCAAGAUAAUAAGAUCAUGACAUGAAGAAAUUACAAAAAAAAAAAUCACGUCUAGAAAUAAAGAGAUCAGAAGUCAGACAUGAUCUUGCUAAAGUUUGGCUUAUACAAUCAUUAUUAGACACGUUAGCAUUUUACUUAACUGGCCCUUUAUGUGUAAAGCAAGACACGCUUUACAUUUUAUACCUAUUUGUGCAAUCGUUCAGAAAUCAACUGACUAAAUGUAGUACUGUUUUAAGACUAUUUCAAGUUUUUUUCUUUUAUUUUGAGUUUUAUUUAUUAGCAUUAUGGAUUAGCAAGGCACUAACAUUCUGCUAACCCGUCCUAGUCACCGAGUAUCAGAUCUAGGUCUAGAGAAAAUAACAUCUGAUACUCUCCAUUGUGAAAGUCUAGAGGCUAAUCAGAAAUGAUUUAGCGUUGGUCAUGCUAAGUUCCAACUUUCACAUCGAUCUCAUGGUUUGCGUCGAUUUUUAGCUACUUUAGUCAACUUUCCCUUCUUUCUGGGAGAGAGAAGUGCCGAAGAAGCCGUGCGCGUUAGAAUCUCCCUCACACGUCACAAUGGUUUUAGCUAAUCAGCUCGGCAAAAGGAAAGCAACGGUAUCUCGUAUCUUCUGCGCUUCUCAGCCUGCUUUUCUCACCUCGGCGUGGCUUCGGUUUUCCAAAGAAAAGCGUCGAAGAUCCUCGUACGUGUCGUGUGUGAUGAUGUCGUCGUUUUUACGAGCUGUUCGGUGCGAUGUUUUUGGAAAACCGAGCCCGCUCUUACGCCUAGCGUGAUAUUAAUUAGCGUAGUUAGUCACCCCUGUCACAACCGCAUAAGUUCACGCGUUGCCUUUUAUACAGUGGAGCAAUAAGUGUGUAUUGAGUAUGAAUGGAAGCAGCCAUGAUUCACUACCUCACACUGCAUCAUGGACUGUCUGCGUGGGCGGGAAUCCGUCACUUCACCUCCAACAGAGAGGAGAGUUUGAAUCUGUUUGUGCUAAAAUCAUUGUGCUGCUUUGCCAUUUAUAAUGCUGAAUGUUUUUAAUUGUAAAAAAAAAACACUUUGUUUCAUUGUUUAAUACACAACCAACUCAUAAUUAGAUUUGUACACAUUUUCACACACACACUCUAUAGAGCCAGACAUUUUAUUCGGUCUUCAUUAAUAUUCCAGAAGAUUCUCAGUACUCUGCAGGCCAGACCGCUCCGGUCCAGUCCGGUCCGGUUUAAUCCAGUCCAGUCCUCUGGGACCAUUUUUUAAAAAUUUCAUUCCUUCACCAGCUUUGAUUCAACACUGUGGGUUGAAAAGGUGUUUGUCAUCAUCCUACGUGUCGUGUGACAGUGCUGUCUGUCCGCCAUCUUUUCUCAAACUUCCAUAAGAGUCACGUUUGAUGAACAGAACUAUAUGAUUCAUCAAGAUUUUCUGAGAAUGACUCGAAAUGAUCUGAAAUGGUCCUCGUCCACGCUGAAUCCAGUCCUUCGCCCGUUUGGAAAGCGCA